AUGGGAACUUUCGACGUAGCAGUAGUUGGCCUUGGAGCAUUCGGAAGCGCAGCGGCGUGGCAGGCUGCUCGAAAGGGAGCAAAGGUCGUGGCGUUUGAGCAGUACGAGUUUGGACACGUCCGCGGUGCAUCUCACGACACGUCUCGCAUUGUCCGGACAGCAUACGAUGCUCCACAGUACGUCUCGCUCGCCAAGGCUGCAUACAAAGACUGGGCGGAGCUGGAAAAGGAUGCGGGCGUCAAGCUGUUGACUGUGACCGGUGGCAUUGUUGUGCUUGCAAACGAGCGUGGAUGGACGUCUGGCGUCAAGCUCACAGAUUAUACAGCGAGUCUGGACGCCAACAAUGUACCCUACGAGCUUCUCGAUGCUCAGCAGGUCAAGCAACGAUGGCCUCAGAUCUAUCUUCGGGACGAUACGUCAGCUGUAUACACGGCUGACACUGGAAUGGCGCACGCAGCCAAGACGGUGGCGGCAAUGCAGUUUGUGGCUCGGGCCCGCGGCGCCAUUCUCAAGGAAAACACACCCGUCACUGAAGUAGUGCCUACUUUACAAGGCGUCAUCGUCAAGACGCCAAAUGGCGAUUUUCAAGCUCGCAAGGUGAUUCUUGCCGCAGACGCCUGGAUCAACAAAUUACUCUUUCCGCUGGGCGCACACAUUCCGUUACAAGUCAUGCAGGAGCAAGUGACAUAUUUCAAGCCGGAAAACCCAUCUUCCUUCGACCCUGGUCAGUUCCCAGUAUGGAUUCGGGUUGUAGAUGGAAAAACCUUCUAUGGGUUCCCGACGUUUGGCGAGCCAACCAUCAAAGCAGCGCAGGACUUGUCCAACAACCUCAUGACGCCGGAUGAUCGGUCCUAUGUCCCUUCUCCAAAGCUCUUGAAUGACUUGACCAGUUUCAUGAAGGACUUCAUUUCGAAAGAUCACAAUCUCGAGACCCUUCGUACUGUAACCUGCCAGUAUGCAAUUACCCCAGAUAGACAGUUCAUUCUCAGUGCGUUGGACAAAUACCCCAACGUCCUGGUAGCCUUGGGGGCUGGUCACGGGUUCAAAUUCGCACCAGUGGUUGGUCGUGUCAUGGCCGAAUUGGCUAUAGAUGGAAAGACAACAGAGGAUCUGUCAAGGUUUGGCGUUCCGCAGUCGCCGAUUCAGAGCAAUCUUUAG